AUGGCUCAGAUAAAUAAUAAUUUAAGGCCAACAAGCAACCACCGAAUAAAUUAUAGACAUUUAAAUUCAAUCCAACACGCUUGCCAACAAUAUACUCUAGGGCUGAUAUCUAUGUGGCAGUUUCUUCAAAGAAUGUCGCAUGCUACAACAACAUAUGAACAACAGCAACGAAAUUGGGCAAUGCAUGUAGAUAAUGAACCACCAAUAGUUGUUCAACCAGCAGCCCCAAUACCAGGAGCUGCAUAUUUGGUGCCAGUUGUUGCACUAGUACCGGUAGGUGCUGAUCUAUUCCCAGUUAUUGCACCAGUACCAGUAGCUGCAGAUUCAGCACACAUUGUUGUACCAGUAGCUGCAGAUUCAGCAGAAGUUGUUGCACCAGUUCCAGUAGCUAAUUUAUUGCCAGUUAUUGCACCGACAGAUGCAGCUGAAAUACUGCAGCUGUUAGAACCAGUUGGUCAUCCUUACCAUCUCAAGGUAGUAAAUAUAACUAAAAAAAAUCAUAAUUAA